GCUGAUAAAGCAAGACCUGCCAUCGCCAUGCCAACCUUUCCACCUGGUGGCAGAUGCCUGACCCGUUGGCUUAUGCUAGCAGCGAUGGUGUCAGCGGCCAGCCCUGAAAUUCUGUAUGCGGAAUCGGCUAACAUUACCUUUGGCGAAUGGCUGUUUCAGCAGCAACCCAACCAGAUCCUCGAGGAAGUGACCAUACGAGGCAGGCACUGCUUCUGCAGGAGGACGCUCCUUCCUCCUUCAGAGCCGGACACCAGCUCCUUCGAAAUGGUCAUUGGCGGAGGUAUCCUCGGAGGACCAGGUUCCAAGUCUUCUUUCGACUACCUUUUCAUUCCUCAAGGAAACUGAAGACUUUGAAUGUUAUGUCAAUCAACCAUUAGUAUAAUA